CCGCCGCAAAACAAAUGGUCAACAGCACUAGCAGCUCUAGCACCGCCAACAAUGAAGGCGCUUAUACCACCAUCACAGAAACAGUAACAUUCGAGAAAGAAAUAAAAAAGAGCAAAUUCAUUGCCAUCGCCGGCCCCGUAUCCGAUGAACACUCCGCUCACUCUUUUCUCAAUCUGGUCAAGGAUCCGCGUGCCACUCACAAUUGUUGGGCUUACAAGGUUGGCGAUCAGUACCAGUCAAAUGAUGAUGGCGAACCUUAUGGAACGGCGGGCAGGCCGAUUGAAUCUGCAAUCUUUUCUUCAGGUUUAGACAGAGUCAUGGUGGUCGUUAUUAGGUAUUUUGGAGGAAUUCAUUUGGGAUCAGGGGGACGUUUUAGGGCUUAUAGUGGAGUGGCAUCGGAUUGCUUGAGAAAUGCUCCGAUUUGUCUUGUAAAAUCUAAAGUUCCGAUUGGUGUGGAGGUUCCUUUCGAUCUUUUGGGAGCUUUAUACCAUCAGUUGCAAUCUUUUCAAGUUGAGGACAUCGAAGAGGAUUAUGAUAAUGGCAAAGAUGGGAUCACCAUUGUUUCCUUCAAAGUUGAUUUUGAUCGGGUUGAGAAACUAGAAAAGGCUAUCAAAGAUAAUUGUAGCAGAGAACUUGUGCUCUAUAAGCAUUGAAACUGACUCUGCUCUUUACCAUAAAGAUAGAGUUUGUCAACAAUUUUCCCCGCUCUGGUGCAACAGAUGUAGAAUUGGUAUGUGCUAUAAAUCUCCUUUUCCCUGCUUAAGAGCAGAUCAAAAUUACAUAUUUGUUCGUUUGGGAAAAUAACUUGUGAAAUUAGUCAAAGGUAGCCUAAGAAACAACUAAUUCUUUCCUGCCUAGAAUAAAAGUUUGCUCUUGGAUAUGUCUUGAUUAACUUAUUGUACACAGUUUUCUGUUUGACAGCAAUAAUAAUAUCAUGGGAACCCCUUUUUAUAGACUUCAUCACUAGUUUUAGUUUAUAAGUGCUGAGCUAUAACCCAAUAUGUUGAUGCCAGCCAAGAAGUGUCUCAAUGGAAAAUAGACUUCUUUCUGAGGGAAAGAGGAAAAGAAAGAACAAUUGUUGAUUUCAGGAUUUCUCCGGCAAUUUGCCCGAGUCAAAAUUUCAUGUCAUUCUCUUUAUCGCUUGCUUUUAUCGAGUUUGGUAGGAUGGUGCGGAACAUGUCAUACUGUUGGCUGAUGGGCCUUCUUCGAUGACUAUCAGCAAUUGUAUGUUUCACAGGAUUGCCUGUGUUUGCCUCAGACUUUGAUUCAGUCGGUGGAAACUAUUCGUUGCGAGAGGCUAUUUUGCCUUGAGCAUAAGGCUGAAACAUCGUAAACCCCUGGAGGAUGUUGUGUAUCUUGUUCAAACUACAAGUAUAAAAGCCGAAGAUAAAACAGAUAAUUAUUAGAAGACUGCUUGAUAAAGGAAUGAGAAAAUGGUAAGAACAGUUAACCAUUGCCUGUUUCAGACGAACUGUGGCUAUGGGGCAGAUCAGAUUUUUCCCUUGGAGAACUGUUCCUUGGAA